CAUUUAAGCAAAGCGUGGAAAUCGUCUCUACUCCUAACACCAUCUUUUCUGUGAGCAGCAAGCUUACAUAAACCCGCAUCCGCAAGCCAGUAAUUGUCCGAAAUUCUAGAACAAUGUCGACAACAGACCCAGCCGAAUCCUUCAAACCCUACCAUCUAACCCAAACUCUAACGGGCCACAAGCGUGCUCUCUCAGCCGUCAAAUUCUCUUCCGACGGCCGCUUUCUCGCUUCCUCCUCCGCUGACAAAACCCUCAGGACCUAUUCCCUUUCCCCCUCCAAUCCUCCUACUUCUCCUCUUACUCCUCUCCAUGAAUUUCAAGGCCACGAGCAAGGCGUCUCCGAUGUUGCCUUCUCUUCCGACUCCCGUUUCCUUGUCUCUGCUUCCGACGACAAGACCAUUCGCCUCUGGGACGUCACCACCGGCUCCCAGAUCAAAACUCUCCAAGGCCAUACUAAUUAUGUCUUCUGUGUCAACUUUAAUCCGCAAUCCAACAUGAUCGUCUCGGGUUCUUUUGAUGAGACGGUUAGGAUCUGGGAUGUGAAGAGCGGCAAGUGUUUGAAGGUGCUUCCGGCGCAUUCUGAUCCUGUUACAGCUGUGGAUUUCAAUAGGGAUGGUUCGCUUAUUGUUUCGAGUAGUUAUGAUGGGUUGUGUAGGAUUUGGGAUGCUGGGACUGGCCAUUGUAUUAAGACUUUGAUAGAUGACGAGAAUCCGCCUGUUUCAUAUGUCAAGUUUUCGCCCAAUGGCAAGUUUAUUCUUGUUGGCACCUUGGAUAACACUUUGAGGCUUUGGAAUUUCUCCACAGGGAAAUUUCUGAAGACAUACACUGGACAUACUAAUUCGAAAUUCUGCAUAUCAUCCACCUUUUCUAUAACAAAUGGAAAGUACAUUGUCAGUGGUUCUGAAGAUAAUUGUGUAUAUUUGUGGGAACUUCAAACCAGGAAAGUAGUUCAAAAAUUGGAAGGUCAUACUGACACUGUUAUAUCAGUAGCAUGCCAUCCCACUCAGAACAUGAUUGCAUCUGGUGCUCUUGGCAAUGACAAGAGUGUGAGGAUCUGGACUCAGGAAAGGGAAUGAUAAAUUUUCUGGUUGUAGUUCCUAAACAUGAUUUCACCAGUGCAUAAGUUUAGAUGAUUUUGACCCUGAACGAAGAACGAAUGGCUGUUGGUGAAGCUUCUGCCCUUUUUCUGACGCAUGUCGCUUCUACAUGAGAUCACUUAAUGGUCUCCGUUCUACUACCUUGUAGCUUCUUUAAAUUGUUUAUUUGUCUGGCUGUGGAUUGUAAAACUUGUGAUUUUUGAGCUAAUGUUGAAAAUAGGAUUCCUGUCUUCAUUUUGAGUCUAGAUGAGGACUGUGUUCCCUCCCUCGCUCUCUAUGUGCAGUUGCUGUUUGCUGCAUCCUUUUUUUAAAUUGGAUAGGCUGUUCUGUUUGAACUGCAAAGUGAAACUAAAGCAAACUGGCAUGGAAGGUUUGGGCAAUUUUAAUACUUAUUAUGUGUUUUUGCUCAGAUCUAUUAGAACUUGAGUUUAUUUUGUAA